AGAAUUUGAAGUAUGCUAUUCAGGAAUUUUGUGACAAAACUACUGUAUUUGGGCCACCAGCUGGUGUUUGCGACCAGUGAGCCGAUGAAUACUACUCCCGCUUACAAAUCAAAUCAAACUUCCAUUUCAUUUUCCCUCCAAUUCAAGCUAAGCUUUGUCUCUUAGAAAAACCCUCUGAUCGAUCUUAAACCCUAACUUCCGGCAUAUCAAGACAGAAGUACCCAUGUCAUCGAGAAAUGUACUGAUCACUCCGGAGACCGAGACAAGGACAAGAAACAAACAUAGCCGUCUGAAAAGUUGCAUACCAUAUUCCGUACAUCUUAUCAAUCAUCAGAUGAUCGAUCGAAUGGCUGCAGAUUCUGGCCGUCGCAAAUACCUUGUGCAUUAUGAUUCAGGACUCGUCUUCAAGAUCUUAUCGGAGGACCCAAUCGGCAGAGACCAUGACAACAUCCCCGUCUACAAAGUGGCCUGGUCAGCUUGUGAGCACAACUCCGGCGGCGGCCAUGAAAGGAGGCUCAUUGAGGACGAAUUCCUCUCCGUGAAGAGGGUGAACUAUAGCGACAGUGAAUCCGUAUUCCCCUUUGCGAAGUUGUAUGGGGAAAUCUUCAGAAAAAACAUGGCGGGAAUAGUAUUGCCGUGCCACCAUAAGUACUUGAUGCCGGUGAACGCCUAUUUCAUCGACAGGGAGACGGAAGAUCUGUGUUUGGUUAUGCCAUUCUGCGAACUCGGGUCCCUGAGGUCGGCUAUGUCCUGCAGCAAGUUCCGCCACGGGUUGCCAGAAACCUGCAUCUCCGUCGCCCUGAGGUGCGUCUUGAAGGCCCUCAAAUUUCUCUACCGCUUCAGGCAUUUCCACAUGAAUGUCAACGCCGGCCACAUUUACCUGAAGAACGGGCCGCGAAUCUUCCUGGGGUUUGCGGCCACGCUGUACGAGCACGGGGUUUGCGAUGCCGAGGGUUCAUCUCAUUCUUCCCUGCCCGUGACCCAGAUUUGUGAUUGGGCCGCCGCACCAGAGGUCUACAGCGUCCGCAAUGAUGACGCGAGGUACCGCCACCGCUACACUGACAAGUCCGACGUUUGGCUGGUGGGAAUCACAGCCCUUGAAUUGGCUUACGGAACAAUUAGAGUCCCCAAUCGGGUAGCGCUGGAGAGGAUGAUCAAGGAAAUCAUCCGGACCAAAAGGCUUCCGAAGAAGCUCGUCUGCGGAGGAAUUGACGAUAACAGAGAAGAAGCCCACGAGGAGAAGAACGACAAGGGAAAGAAGAAGGUAGAGGAAGAAGGUAGAGGAGUGAGAAAUAAUCCUCAUCAGCAUGUUGAUUCAGAGGAAAUUAGGGCAUCGUUUUCAAGGGAGUUUGAGACGAUGGUGGCAGAUUGCUUCACGUGGGACCCUUGGAAAAGGCCCACUGCGAAUUCCCUUCUUAAUCAUGACUUCUUCGACAAGAACGGGCUUACGAGGUCGGCCUUGAAGUCGCACUUUCAAGACGUUGUGAUUCAAAUGGAGGAGGAUAUACUGAAGAAGAUGAAUAACCCACCCCCCAGCCCUCUCCAUGUUGCUGCACCAGAUUUUAGUAAUAAUGAUGAUGAUGAGAAUGAUAAUAAUAAGAGGUAUACUCACUACUCGUUAAUUAAUUACUUAACUAAUUAAUUCCAUACAUACAUGUAAUACUACUAAAUUAUGAGGCACAAUCAUCUAUCAUUUCAUUAACGUUACUAACUAACAUUUCAAUCCCUGGCAUUACUGAAAGUUCUGAUAUCAAUAUGGGCUUCUCCAAUCUCGAUCCCCAGUCAACCCCUAGGAGCAUGCCUGAGUCUCAUAUGACAACCCCUGGCAAUCCCGACGGCCGCAGCUCCCCUGCACUGACUGAUGUCCCGUUGAAGCUGCGUUUCAAGAGGUACGUACGUGCUUAACUGCAGUGCUUAUGAAGAAUCCAUUGAUCCAGCCAAUUGUUUCCGAUCCCUGUUUAUCACUUACUAUUGAUACUGUGGCAUUGUCUGGCAUGAAUUGGAACUCAUUAAUUUUACUUUUUCUGAAAGAAAAUUAACAUAUGAGGAUGUUGAUCAAGAAACAAAAAAGACAAAAAUCCAAGAGAAAGAUUCUGAAGAAACAAGUAGUGCCUCCCCCAUCAACCCCUGGAUGGAUAUAGAAGAUUAUUACAAUGAUGCUUAUGCUUCUUCAUCACCAGUUCCUCCUCCGGAGUACCUGGUGCAUAAUAGUUCCAAGAUGGUGUUCCGGAUCAUGUCCAUGGAUCCAAUCGGAAUAUCUUCCCUCGGCAAACUUCCUGUGUAUAGGGUAGCCUAUUCGGAAUGUGAUCUCAGCAGCUUCUACCUCAGAAAGUUUCUCUACAACGAAUUCGCUUUAGCCAUAAUAGUGAACUCCCGUCGGAACCAGAUUGGUUACAAGCUGCUGGAGUACGAGUUGCGAACAAAAAACAAAGAGCUUCUGUAUCAAAAUGAGAACUUGAUGCAUGUGGAAGACGCUUUCCUGGACCGGGAUUCGCGGGAUUACUGCAUUGUGAUGGGGCAUGCUGGGUGGGGCUCCCUCCGAUCAAUCAUGACCGAACACUUCCCUAACGGCCUUCCAGAGUCAUUCAUUACCCUGAUCCUGAGAUCAGUUCUUGGGGCGGUUUGUUUUCUACAUGAGGGCAGCGCCAUCCACGGGGAUAUCAGUGCGGGCCAUGUUUAUGUGCAGAGCGGCCCCAAUAUCAAAGUGGGCUUCGGAGCCACGGUUUAUGAACAUGGGGUCUUUAAUUUGGAGUGCUCGUCAUCCUCGGCGUUGCCCGAGACUUGCAUCUCUCGUUGGGCAGCUGCACCAGAGGUGUACAAUCAUGAGGGGAAGAACCACGGCAGCACUGAGGAGAGCGACGUUUGGCUGGUAGGAAUCACGGCGCUGGAAUUGGCUUAUGGAGGACUUAGAGUCCCCAACCGGGAAGCCCUUGAGGUGAUGGUCAGGGAGAUUCACGAGAAUAAAAGACUUCCCAAGAGGUAUCCCCCCGUCCGCCAAAGUUUGGAUCAGCAGCAGCAGCUCACUCGUGAAGUGGAAGGCAAAGGAAAACAUAUAAUGAUAGAGGAAGAAGAUUAUGGUGAUGGCUCAUCAGAGGAAAGAUCAUUUUCCAGGGAAUUUGAGAAGAUAGUGGCAGAAUGUCUAGCUUGGAAGCCUUGGGAAAGGCCAACUGCUAGUGCCCUUUUGAAUCAUGAAUUCUUUGCAGAGAAAGGGAUGGAGGCGUCUGAGCUGGAGUCACACUUUGAGGACGUUUUGAUGGACAGACUCCGCAAGUAACUGAUAGGAGUAUGUAUUAUAUGGUCGGCAGUACAUGAUACUUGCUAUACAUACCCAGAAUCUCAGUUGUCUUCUCCCUACACAAUUCAUUAGUAUUUGUGCAGCCAUCCUGUAAAGUAGUUUCUGUUCUUACUUUCUUGAAUACAUAGAAUGCAUAGUACUCUUAAUAGUAGUGUGCCACUAGAACCCCUACAAAUAGAGUCAGGCAGUGGCCAUUGUUCUGUACACCGCCCUCAAUUCUUGCUCCAUAUAAAAUUCACUUCCUCCCUCAUCUAAUAACCUGCUUAAUUGAAUCAUAACCCGCUUCGAGUUGCAUACAUCAAAGUUUUAUUGGCCUACCUUAGCUUGGGUCAUGAGAAAUAUAUAUACAAUAAAUAUCAAAGAAUUUGCAUGCAUAGCACGGCGGCAAACAUUAAACACUCUACA